AUGGACCCGCUUUCGGCGGAACAUGCGAAUGGCCGCUCGUCCAGCUGGGUUGGAUUCGACGAAAUUUCUAUGACUUCUCCCGUUGCCGCACAAUCCGCGCAAGCUCAAGGAUUUCGUCCUGGAAGUGUGGACCCUUACGACGGUCGCAACAGUGUCGCCACUGAGGAAAGACUCGAGUUGGAGGAUAACGAGAGGACCGUCGUCACUCCCUUGCCAACAAAAGAAGUUAUUGCCGAUCCGUCUUCUCUCAGUCAAGCUCCCGUAGUUGACGCUUCACAAGAGUAUCAUGAUAAACGUCCUGUCAUAAUGACCAGGGAUGUGGACCCUAUUCGAGGCUUUGUUACACAGGGAGGAAUCCACCUAGUAAACAGUAAGAUUGUCGCUACGAUUUAUCCGGAGAACACAAUGUGUUCAUGGGUGAUUCCACCUCGUUACGAUCCAUAUUCUAUACCAUCCGUGUUGGCUGCUGAAGGUCUCACGGUGCGUCUUUUAUUUUACUCAUUGUUCAAGGCUUACGCGAAGUCACUUCAGACAUAUCAGGUGAAAUUUCCCCAAGAAUUGCAAUGCCCAAACUUCGGAGAGGUUGCUUUUUCCUUUCAUUACAUCGACUCCAUGGAAAUGUGUGCUAUUGAUUCAAAUACCAAGGAACUAAGUGAAAAUAGAUCUUGUAAAGAACAACUCUUCAUUCGUAUACUUAAUCUACGUUUACCAGCGCUAAAAUCAAAUGAACAUUUUCCUGAGUUCCAUGAGUCCAUAGAUGUGGUUCGUGGGUGCAGUCAUUGUAGCAUAGUAAUACAAGUGUAUCAAUUCUAUGUGAAAAUGGCAUAUUUUAGCUUUUCCUCUCUCUAUUCUCGUCUUGUGGCCUUUUGGAUGACGCUAUCUAUCGUUAUCCUUCUUGUCGUGCUUUUCGCCAAUUCCGAAGGUGGAAUUUUGGUGAUGUCGUUCUGCUUGUUCUGGUGUGUGAUGCUGUUUGCUGGCAUUAUUGCAUGCGCAAUUAUUCGAAAACAGAUUCGUAUUGGCCUCCGACACUGUGUUCAAUCCGCGAACAAGGUGCUCAUUAAAAACAAUAUGAUAGCUGGUGUCGAGGAUAAAGGACAGCUAAGCUGUCACAAAGUUGUUAUUCACAUGAUGUGGUUCCGAUUAGAAGACUGCCUUCCUGACAUUGAGAGACUUAUUCGGAUUGAGGCCAGUGGUGGAGCUGUGGUAUUUGGUGGCGGAGCACAUACUGCACCCGCAAAGGAAAUGACUAAAAAGGAGAUCGAGGAAAAGGCGCGACAUCUCAUACUUAAGUACAGCCAGCAGUACGUAAAGGAUUCUGCUAGGUAUCGUCUCAUAUUUCCUACCAGACCCGCCCUUGGAGUGAGCGACUACACUCCGAAACAUUGCCCUAAGCAGUUAUGUUUAUGUCAGUACAUCGAUAAGAUAGCAGCGUCCGAGUUGAACUUGAAAGCGGUGCUUCUGAAUGGGCAAUCUUUCAGGUGGCGAAAUAUUGGAGACUCCUACUAUGGGGUUGUGGAAGGCUUACUGUUUUAUAUGAAGCGUCUGGAUAAUGAUCGAGUUGAAUGGUCUUGCCUUGGUCGCGCUGCUAGAAGUGUGAACACAGAUGCUGGAACAAAGCUUUACAAAUACCUUCAGUUGGAAGUCUCUCUUUCUGAAUUAUGGGACGAUUGGUGUUCACGUGACAAACUAAUGACAGAGCUCAAGAAUAGAGAGGAGUUACAUGGCAUUAGAAUACUUAGACAGGAGCCAUUUGAAACAUUGAUUGCAUUCAUCUGCUCUGCUAAUAACAAUAUUUCGAGAAUCUCCAGUAUGGUGAACAAACUGGCGAAGCUCUACGGUGAUCCGAUUGUUCUCGAUUUACCGUCACAAUAUGUUGAUCUGCUUGAAGAGUUUCCUGAGCUGGGCUAUGCGUUCCCAACAUUAUCUCAACUGGUUACAGUUCAGGAAGAGUUGACAGCUGUGUUGCGCCAGCAUUUGUUCGGGUACAGAGCUGACUAUGUGAGCGAAAGUAUCCGAAAGCUAAGCAAGAUGCCUUCGAAUGCUCUUGAUGAUCUUCCUAGUCUUCCUCCUGAUGAGAUUCGUCAAACUCUUCGCGACUUUCCUGGGGUGGGUCCCAAGGUUGCUGAGUGUGUAGCGCUGAUGUCGCUCGGUCAGAACCAGUGUGUUCCCAUCGAUCGACAUAUCACCAAAAAGUACUUUCUGCCAAAAUUAAAGGACUGCAGCUUGAGUGACAACCUUAAUCGCCAACUUAUGCACUUCUACGAAGAGAAAUUUGGAGCUUACGCUGGUUGGGCCCAAGCUGUGCUGUUCAAUCAACAACUUGAGAAAUUCGUUUACACUCCUACCUCGGAGAAACUGACUAAACCCCUCAAAGCUAUUGUACGCGCGAAAACUCUGAAGAAGACUGUGAUUAAGAAAACUAGAAAGAAUAAGAACUGA